AAAAAGCAGAGAACUUCUAAAUUCUAUGCUUUUAGUUGUCUCCAAUAAAACACAGAAGUCCAAUAUUCAUUAAGUGAUGGUAAGAGGUCCAUUCUAUGACAAAAAUGGAGUUAAGAAAGGUGCAUGGAGUAAAGAAGAAGAUGAGUGUUUAAGUGAUUAUAUUCAUAAACAUGGUCAUUCUAAUUGGCGUCAACUCCCCAAACUUGCGGGUUUAGCACGGUGUGGAAAAAGUUGCAGACUUCGUUGGGUGAAUCACUUAAAGCCAAAUCUUAAACAUGGGAAUUACACAAGAGAAGAAGAUGAAAUGAUCAUCAAAUUACACCACCAUCUUGGAAAUAGAUGGUCUUUGAUUGCUGAAAAACUGCCCGGAAGAACGGAUCAUGAGAUAAAGAACUAUUGGCAUAGCUACCUAAAAAAGUGCUUAAAGAGCAAAGAGUACAAAAUGUUGGACUUGAAAUUGAAACCUUGUGAUAAUAUUAUUGAAGAAAAUGAUACUCAUCAUUUUGUAGCACCCAAAAGCCCAAUUUCUAAUGUUGGUAAUAAGGACUUUCUUUAUAUUUUAGAAAGCUCAACAUUGCCGAUGCCCGCAGCUGAAACAUCACCAGAAGACAAUUCGCCUAGCUCAACGAACAGCCGCGGAAUAGAAGAAGACAGCGCUGCUCAGUGGUUAGCGUUUGAAGCAUUCAACGGUGAUUUUUGGACAGAACCAUUUAUCGUAGAAGAUACAUUGCCGGAAGACAAUUCGCCUAGCUCAACGAACAGCUGCGGAAUAGAAAAAGACAAUGCUGAUUUGUGGUUAGCAUUUGAAGCAUUCAGUGGCGAUUUUUGGACAGAACCAUUCAUCAUAGAAGAUACAUACACCACUAAUGAGAUAUCAAAUAAAGACAUAGACUUAUUGAUUUCAGACUUCUAUGAUGGUUCAUAUAUGUUUUAGAAAUUAAAGUCUUCCUUCGAUUUUUGUAUGUUUUUCUUACUAGUUUUUCAUUUUAUCAAAGUAGUCUAAUAGCUAAAAUUCUACUUUUAAGGUGAAUAAGCGGAGUGUCUGGGUUC